CUGCUUACACUAGAAAUAUCUUAUUUUAAAGGGCAAAAUUGCGCCGCGCAAAUGUAAACUUUCUUUCUGAACCAAUCAAGGAUGGGACAACCGGUACAGUGAUAGUUCUCACAACUCCAGAUGCCCAACGAACUAUGUUAUCGUAUCAGGGUACAUCAUCAACCAUUAAUUUUGAUCCUUGCCUAGCUAAGACAUUUUCCAAUAUAAAGAUUCUUGUAGUUGAAGGAUAUUUAUUCGAGCUUCCCGAUACAAUCAAAACAAUCAAGAAAGCAUGCAAGCAAGCAUGCCGGGGUGGUUCCCUGGUUGCCAUCACAGCAUCUGAUGUCUCUUGCAUUGAGAGACACUACGAUGAAUUCUGGAAAUUGCUGGCAACUACGCAGACAUCAUAUUUGCAAAUAGCGAUGAAGCUAGAGCUUUAUGUGAUUUUGCAACAGAGGAAAGUCCCGUUGCUGCUGCAAGGUAUCUAAGUCAUUUUGUACCUUUAGUCUCAGUCACAGAAGGACCAAGAGGAUCCUACAUUGGUGUGAAAGGAGAAGCUGUAUACAUUCCCCCUUGUCCUUGCGUACCAGUGGACACUUGUGGUGCAAGCGAUGCA